AUGUCAAAUUUUCAACAGUCGACUAAUAAUACAGCUUCCAGAGAAAUGUUGGAGAGUUCAUCAUCCGACAUAGGUAACACAGAAUUAAUUGUUUGGGGGAACAGAUUUUUUGAAACCUUUUCAGCAGAACCUAGCACGAUUUACCAAUCUUCACUUUCUUUUACGACUUUGAAUUCCCCGCCUCCGCCUUACCCUCUAUCUUCAAAUGAGAAUGAAGUUUCAAAAUUCAAAUUAUUUAAGAAAUCGUGUUCAAGAUAUAUUAGGCAAUUUUUUGACAAUGACCAUUCUUCAUUACUUAGAUUUCAAUUGUAUUUCUACUCUUUUGUUGGAGAAAUAAUCUGUGCAACUGUUUACCAGAACCCGACUGAAGUAGGUUCCCUGGUCGAAGGGUUUUGCUUACUGCUUCAAGGUUUUCUUAUUGUUUGCUACGUGCUUUCUUUAAUAAAGAAAGACUUACUUCUUGAUGAGUUGAGUUGGACUUUUAGUCUGUUCUUUUGUUUAAUAAUUCUCUUCUUUUUUGCAUCAUUUUGUGGGUAUGUAGCCAGACUUAUGGCAGAAGCCCAACUAACCAGAGAGAUUGAAACCCAAAAUAAAUUACAUUAUUUGAACCAUUCCACAAACAAACAACAAAAAGAUCUAAUAUUGCAGUCUAAUUCAAAAAAGCUGUCAGUCCCAAGUGUGAUCAUUUUACUAGGAGUAGAAGUUGUGUUUCUAGUUUAG